AUGGACAGUAUGGAGUUGGAAAGAGAAAAAGGAAUCACAAUCCAGAGUGCAGCCACGUUUUGUGACUGGAAAAUGAACAACCCUAUCACUGGAGAGAAGGAGGACUAUUCAAUUAACAUUAUUGAUACUCCUGGUCACGUCGACUUUACUAUUGAGGUUGAACGUGCCCUCCGUGUCCUUGAUGGUGCUAUUCUGGUGUUAUGUGCUGUCUCUGGAGUACAGGUACGCAAAGCUUAUCUCACCAUUGGAACCGGAGCGAAUCCAGCAAGGGUCAUUCAACAAAUUCGCCAAAAGUUAAGAAUACCAGCUGCUGCCGUCCAUGUCCCUAUAGGUGCGGAAGACGAGUUCAAAGGAGUCAUCGACCUCGUCAGGUGGAAGGCAAUCUAUAACAAGGGCAUCAAAGGUAUCGACAUUGUCGAGGAAGAUGAGAUUCCGGCCAACCUGCUUCAGGAAGCUAAAGAUCGCAGGGCCGAACUUAUCGAGCAACUGGCAGAGGUGGAUGAGGCUAUUAGCGAUGCUUACUUGGAGGAUGCACCUAUCACCACAGAGCUACUAGUCGCAGCGAUCCGACGUGCAACCGUUGCCCGUAAAUUCACGCCGGUCUUUCUGGGUUCCGCUGUCAAAAAUACUGCCGUCCAGCCGCUAUUGGAUGGUGUAUGCACGUAUCUACCUACACCCUCUGAUUCAUUAACUACCGCUUUGGACCUUGCUAAACCAGCCGGAGAGCAAUCGGUGGACCUCAUACCAGCGGCAGAAUCACCUUUGGUUGCGCUUGCAUUCAAACUGGAAGAAGGGCGCUAUGGUCAAUUGACAUACAUGCGGGUGUACCAGGGUUCCAUUAAGAAAGGUGGUUGGAUUUGGCAUGCCAAGACUGGAAAGAGAGUCAAAGUACCACGACUGGUGCGCAUGCAUAGUAACGAAAUGGAGGAUAUCGAAAGCAUUGGUCCUGGUGAAAUUUGUGCCAUUUUUGGUAUUGAUUGCGCAUCCGGAGAUACUUUCACCGAUGGCCAAACCUCUUACUCCAUGUCGAGCAUGUUUGUGCCCGACCCGGUCAUUUCACUUUCAAUCAAGCCAGAAGGUACAGAGACCCCCAACUUUUCUCGAGCUUUGAACCGCUUCAAGAAGGAAGACCCUACAUUCCGAGUCCAUGUAGACGCAGAAUCUCAAGAGACUAUUAUUUCGGGAAUGGGCGAGCUUCAUCUCGAAAUUUAUGUUGAGCGCAUGAAGCGAGAAUAUGGGGUUCCUUGUAUCACUGGCAAACCACAAGUAGCAUUCAGAGAAACCAUCACAGGCGGCAGUAAAUUUAACUAUACCCACAAGAAGCAAACUGGUGGUGCUGGUCAAUUUGCUCGUGUUAUUGGAUCUAUUGAGCCAGAACCAAAAGACGCUGAAACUGGCAAGGAUGUCGCAUUCGAAAAUGUC